CUAGUACACCAGAUUAAAUUGUUUAAUUAGUUGGGGAAUAAAAGAUAAAUACAAUAAAUAAAUGUUCCUUAGGAAUUGGAUAACCUUGAUCUAACCUUUUUUUCAUGCAAAUGAUCUUUCUAGGAAAAAUGUUCAAUAUGUUUUGUCAGUAUUCAUAAAAGAUGUCUUCCUGGGAAACCGGAGUGUCUUUUUUGCAAAGGUAGUACAUUUUGGAUUAAAUGACCCUUGUGACUACAUUGUAAAAUAAUCCUUCUAACAACUGCAAAGUUUAGGGUUAGUUCACCCAAAAAUGAAAAUUCGGUCAUUAAUUUCUCACUCUCAAGUCGUUCCACACCCGUAAGACCUUCGUCAUCCUCAGUAUUGGGCUGAUUUUCAAAACACUGCUUCAUGAAGCUUUUAAGCUUUACAAAUCUUUUGUUUCAAAUCAGACGUUCGGAUCACUGAAGUCAGAUGAUUUCAGUAACCGAGGCUUCGUUACAGCACAAGUGUUUUGAAAUGUCAAUGGUUCACGUGACUUUGGCAGUUUGAUAUGCGCUCUGAACCACUGAUUCAAAACAAAAGAUUCAUAGAGCUUCAAAGCUUCACGAACCAGUGUUUUGAAAUCACCCAUCACUAGAUAUAGUUGAAUAAAGUCAUUUCGUUUUUUGUUGCACAUAAAGUGUUCUCAUCACUUCAUAACAUUAAAGUUUAACCACUGUAGCCACAUGGACUGUUUUAAACGUGUUUUUAUUAGCUUUCUGGGCAUCUGAUAGUGUUGAUUAUCUUGCUGUCAAGAGAGGCCUCACUGAGCCAUCAGAUUUGAUCAAAAAUAUCUUAAUUUGUGUUCCGAAGAUGAACAAAGGUCUUACGGGAGUGGAUCUAUUUAAUGACAUAUUUUUUUCAGGGCAAACUAACCCUAUAUGGCACUUUACAUUUUUAGAGGCUGUAUAAACUAUUAUUAAAAUUGACUAACAGAUAGUCUGUUCUCUAUUCAUUUAAUAUUAUUUCUAAAUACAUCAAUUAUGUUAGAAGACAGCUCAGGAGAAAGCGAGAAUGAACCUGAGGGACAAGAUAGAUCAGGAGAAAGAGAGGACGAACCUGAGGGACAAGACAGAUCAGGAGAAAGCGAGAAUGAACCUGAGGGAGAAGACAGCUCAGGAGAUAGAGAGGAUGAACCUGAGGGACAAGAUAGAUCAGGAGAAAGAGAGGAUGAACCUGAGGGACAAGAUAGAUCAGGAGAAAGAGAGGAUGAACCUGAGGGAGAAGACAGCUCAGGAAGAAGCAAACAAAAUGAAGGAAUUCAGGAAGAAAGCAGCUCGGGACUUAACCAAGUUGAAGGGGGAUUCCUGGUGGAAAGUGUUUUAAAAGUUUCAGACUCUCAUCAAGCAAAAAGAUACCUGGUCACAUUGGAUGAACUACAGAGGAGGUGCUCUCCUCCAGAGAGUUACUCAGCAAACACUGUUGUGUCUUAUCUACGGAAGGCCAAAGGACAAAAAACGAAAAUCACAGAGAAGUUGGCAGAGUUGGAGGUGAACCCCUCGAAGCGCACAAAGUUCACUUCACAGUGCUCCAAACUUUGUGAAGAUGAAUGCAAGGAUCUGGCUGGGGACAUAAUGUUCCUUGCCGCAAAAUUCAUCCCCCAGAAAAGGGUGGGUGAAGCCUUGCUUAAAGAAGGGAAUGUCCAUGCAGCUAUGGUCAAAACCGAAGACUGCAGGAAGACUUUGAAAGAUUUAAAGGCUGCUCUAGAGAACAAUUGGGACACAUUUGACCUGGCAACACAUGGUCUUGGUCCUGCCGUAAUAAAUGGCACUUUUUCAUUGAUAGAUGCGUGUCUUAAGGAAAAGAUGAGAGCACUGAAAAAAAAAGACUCCACAGAUGAGUAAGGUUCCCCCACUUUUUUUUUACUUGUAUUGUUUAAAACUUGUUUCUCGAUGUUCAGCUGUACAAAAA